AUGCAGUGUGGCCGAUGUCCUUAUAAGAAGAGGAAAUUUGGACACAGAUGUACACAAAGGGAAGGCCAUGUGAAAACUAUGGCCAUAUACAAACCAAGGAGGGAAACCUCAGGAGAAACCAAUCCUGCCAACGCCUUGAUCUCAGCCUUCUGGCCUCAAGAACUAGGGACAGAGUCAAACACAAAAAUGAAACUCACAACAUGUGGAAAGAUUACCCUGGGUAUCUUAAUGCUGGUUAUUGCUGCAGUAAUCAUUGGACUCAUUGUUUAUUUUGUCAUUUAUGAGAAGACACCUUUCUACCAUCACAUCAGCUUUAAAGUCAAUAACAUUGACUAUGACAGCAAGUUUGAAAAACCAUAUUCACAAGAAUAUAUGGACCUAAAUGAAAAAAUAGUGUCUUUGAUAAAUGAAACAUUUCAUGGAUCCAAACUGAGAAGACAGUAUGUCAAAUCACACGUUGUCCAAGUAAGCCGAGCCCAAGGGAAAGUGAUAAUACAAGCUGUGCUGAAGUUUAAAUCCUGUUUCAAAAAUACUGCAGCAAAAUUUCGGGAUAGGAUUGAAACCACUUUAUAUCAGAAGCUACAGGGCAAAACUGGGUCUUUAUGUAUAGAUUCUUCUUCAUUUAAAUUUUCAGAUAUUUCAAUGCCGACAGCAGAAAAUCUUCUCCAUGUUUGUUGUGGACAACGAACAAUAACUCCUUCUGGCAACAAGAUAGUAGGGGGCAUGGAUGCCCAGGAAGGGGAAUGGCCUUGGCAAGCUAGCCUGCAACAGAACAGUGUCCACCGAUGUGGAGCCACUCUGAUUAGUAACAGCUGGCUUGUCACUGCUGCUCACUGCUUCAUAAAGGCCAGGGAUCCCAAAGAAUGGAAUGUUAGUUUUGGGAUUCUUUUAAGUGACCCACAAGUACAGCGAAGUAUCAAGGCUAUUAUAAUUCAUGAAAACUACCAUUACCCCGCACAUGAUAAUGACAUUGCUGUUGUGCAUCUGUCCUCACCAGUAUUAUAUACAAGCAGCAUCCGAAGAGCAUGUCUUCCAGAAGCUACUUACACAUUCCCACCCAAUUCAGAUGUGGUGGUCACUGGAUGGGGAACAUUAAAGUCUGAUGGAACAAGUCCUAAUAUACUCCAAAAAGGACUAGUGAAGAUUAUAGAUAAUAAAACCUGCAACAGUGAAGAGGUAUAUGGUGGUGUGAUCACACCUGGAAUGUUGUGUGCCGGGUUCCUGGAGGGAAGUGUGGAUGCCUGCCAGGGUGACUCCGGCGGACCUCUGGUUGGUGCAGAUUAUAAAGGCACUUGGUUCCUUGCUGGAAUUGUAAGCUGGGGAGAUGAAUGUGCUCUCCCAAACAAGCCUGGUGUCUACACUCGAGUAACAUAUUAUCGAGACUGGAUCUUGUCCAAAACUGGUCUUUAGUGCAGAAGUUCUUUAUGGAUUAAAGGUUG